ACUGUAAACUAAACGUCAGAGAUAUAUUUAACACAUUAUAUCUGAAAAUGGCGUCAACCUUUCGUUUCGGAUUUUCCGGCGAUGAUAUUGACGUUGAUAUCGACAAUGAUGUCGAGGUUGAUCCUGGGAAUAAUGUCUCCGAAAAGUCUCAAGCAGAAGAUGUGAAUGCACCUGAUAUGUUUCCAGCCGUACGGCACGCGCUGAAAGAUUGGACGACAAAUCUUCCAUCACAGCUUUCAUACAAUACAUUCAAAGUAGAGAUAUCAAAUCCCGAUCACCAAACCAUAAACAAUAACGAGAAGAAUUCAACCCAAACCAACAAAACAAUCACAAUAGCCCGUCGAGAACUCUUCGACGUCCGAACUCAACUAAUGGCCGAAGACGAUGAUUCGGGUUUUGCAACUGGCCACACAGAACUAAUCGCUGAUCUGGAGCAAGGAGACCUGAAACCGAACUUUUAUGAGGGAGGUUUUAAGACGUGGGAAUGCUCGUUGGAUCUUGCCGAUGUUCUUUUGAAUUCAAAGUAUAUCGGUGAGGGUGAGGGUGAGGAUGAAGGGGUGAAUGUUAUUGAGCUCGGUUGUGGGACGGCGGCGCCUUCUUUGAUGUUGUUUGCGCAGGUGUUAUUGUCGUCGACGACGGAUCAACGACAGAAACGGAGAUUCCGGUUUACGUUGGCGGACUACAAUUCUACGGUUUUGAGGAUGGUAACGUUGUGUAAUUUCUUGUUGACGUGGUGGGUUAAUUCUCCUUCGUCACCGAGGAGGACUUCAACAGAUGGAGCAGUAAAUGGCAAAGACGUGGAGGAAGAAGGCGAAUUAGAUAUCGACACCACACUUCUCGACACGUUCCAAGCCGAUCUUGCGAAUAGGGUCAUUGAGCUUGAUUUUAUAUCUGGUGGUUGGUCGCCAGAGUUCGUGCGAUUGGUCUUGAAUCGAGGUCAGCAGUUUACAGAGAACGUGUCGACACUCAUCCUAGCUAGUGAGACGAUAUACUCCCCUUCUUCUCUGGGGGUGUUUUCGGAGACGUUACUUGAACUUUUACGCAGUUCGGCAGGUGUUCAACAAGAAAGGAGGAAUAAGAGUACGGCACUGAUUGCAGCGAAGAAGGUUUAUUUUGGUGUUGGAGGGGGUGUGGAUGAGUUUUUGCAGGUUUUGCACCAACAGCCUUUGCAGGACGAGGAAGUUGUUCAGGUGCAGGAACGGAGAGAGAUAACUUCUGGGGGAGUGAAGAGGGUGGUUUUGGAGAUUGGGUUUAGCAAGAAUUGA